CCCCGCCAAAAUGAGCUACCUUAUGAGUUCAUGAUGUUUGAUCUACUGUAUACUUGAAUUUCAUCUCUAACUUGAAACAGGUUAGACUAGAAUGUUCAUCUCUAUUGGAUAACCUAUUGAAAUACUUGAUUCUAUUCAAGAUCAGAUUUGGAUUCAACCAUAUUAAGGGUAUAACUACAUAUAUUACUUUCCUAAAUAUUCACCUGCGGACAAGAUUCAUAGGCCGUAUCAACUACCCCCAUAUUGGUAGGAAGCGACAAUAACUACCAUGUCAACCGAACUCGUCCGAGGGAAAACGACCAAGAUCUUGGUCUUAAACCCCAAUUCGUCUAAGGCUAUGACAGAUGGUUUGAAGGGUGUAAUCGAUUCUAUAGAUUUAUCAUAUUCCACCGAAAUAUACACCUACACGGCCCCGGAGCCCUCGCCGGCCAGCAUAAACGACGGCAAAGACUUGCAACACAGUUGCCAGACCGUGCUCGCCGACCUCCAAUCCCGCUACCACCAGAGCGAAUUCCCCUAUGACGGCGUCCUAAUCGCCUGCUACAGCGUGCACCCCCUCGUAUCUUGUAUGCAGCGCGCCGGCGCGUACUCCAGUUCCGUAACCGGCAUCUUCGAAGCCAGCGUCCUAGCCGCCCUGUCCCUGCUCCGGGACGGCGACGCCUGGGGAAUUGUCACGACGGGGAAGUGGUGGGAGGAGCAUUUGGCCAACGGUGUGGACUCCUUCUUAGGAGCAAAGGCACGGGAAGAUCCGAAUCCGCGGUUCAGGGGAGUCGAGUCUACGGGUCUGAACGCAUCUGAUUUCCAUAACGGCGUGGAUCCCGCCGUCGUGAGACAGAAGCUGAAGGAAGCCACCCAGAGGCUUCUCGCUAAGGGCGGCGUUAAAGUCAUCCUGAUGGGGUGUGCGGGGAUGGCCGGUUUAGAUACGAUUAUACGGAGCGCCGCCAGUGAGGCGCAAGGAGAGAAAUUUGCCUAUUCCGAACUGCACGUAAUAGAUGGUGUGAGGGCAGGCAUAAUGCAAGUCGAGCAAAUGAUCAAACAUCAGAGAUUGCUUCCUAGGCAGCCGUCAUGAUCCAUAGCCCCGAACCAGAGAUAUCAAAUUCAUACCAUUAU